AUGCGGGGCACUGAGCUCCUGCUCGGUUACUUUCUAGUGAAAGUUAUGGUGUGCGACGCAGAGGGCGAGCCGGGUCAAACCGUCGACGACUUCAUCGUAGUCACCGGGUUUAACGACUCCAAGGAAGGGGAGAGCGAAGUCACGGAGAGCCCGCACACGGAGGACAAGUGCCGGGGCUACUACGACGUGAUGGGCCAGUGGGACCCGCCGUUCGUGUGCAGGACGGGCAGCUACCUGUACUGCUGCGGCACCUGUGGCUUCAGGUUCUGCUGCGCGUUCAAAAGCUCCCGGCUGGACCAGACCACCUGUAAGAACUACGACACCCCGCCGUGGAUGAUGACGGGCAGACCCCCGCAGAAGGUGGACGUGGCGCUGGACUCCGCGAAGGAUAAAACCAACCUCAUUGUGUAUGUCAUAUGCGGGGUCGUGGCCAUAAUGGCACUGAUAGGAAUUUUCACCAAGCUCGGUUUGGAAAAGACGCACCGACCACACAGAGAAAAUAUGUCGAGAGCUCUCGCACACGUAAUCCGGCAUCCCACCUCAGAACAUUCAGACGACAUCGGACUGGGUCAGCACUAUGAGAACAUCCAAACCAGAGUCACACUAAACAGUUUCCACAGCAACCAGAUGAACAACAUGGUCCAAGCAUCGACUCUGAUAAGUCAGCCGUACCCAGCCGUGGGACCGAUCACCAGCCCGUAUGAACAACAGAACCCCGUCAAGGACCUCAACAAGUACGCCACGCUCAAGGCUGUGGCAGAGAAAGCUAAUGACAGCUUCCACAGCAACCGUCGACAAGUGAUGGAGAUGACUACCAAGGGCAGCCUCCCCAUGGAAGGAGUGGACAUGGAGCCGGAGCCCAGUAAUCCGUACAGCCCUCCCAGACAGCUGUCUACAAAGCAGAAUGGACACAAGUACAAAAGCCCCCGGAGCCACAGCUCCCAGUCGCUGUGCUACAGCCCCAACGCUGCCGCCAGCCCGGUGGUGCUCAGAUCCUGGGAGAGCAAGGACUCGCUGGGGCUCCGACAGAGCUACGGCCCAAAGAAACUGUGCAUCAUAGAGAAGGAGCUGCACACAACUCGCUACAUCCCUCCACAGCCGUACUUUGUCACCAACAGCAAAACAGAAGUGACAGUAUGA